AUGAAGUCAAGUCAAAACGAGAUCCUGUCCUCGCCCGACGCAUCACCCUCCAGACAAGCACUAAGAUACGCAUACGAUAAACAAAGCUACAAAAUCAAAGACCCACCGCAAAUCAAGGACAAGACAAAUCAGUCACAGCAACACAACAGCAAGACCACCAAAAAGCGCACCCCAAGACAACAGCAUACACACUGCACCCCUGCAGUCGCCUCUGUCCCUGUCCCUGCUGCGGCUGCGCGAGUCCCUGCUGCGGCUGCCCCUCGUCAAGGGGAGUCUAUCCAUAGUCUAACGACAUCAAUAGGAUAA